AUGGCCAGCUCCUUCGAGAAGAGCGUCAAGGGCGGCACCAAGAUCAAGGCAAGUCUCGCAGCGCCCAAGUCCAAAUAUGUCGAGCACAUUCUCGUGGCGACGCAUGCCGGGGAGGCGGGCGUCGCUGAAAUCUUCCGCGCCCUCACGAACCGCCUGCGCGACUCGACAUGGACCAUUGUCUUCAAGAGCCUCAUCAUCGUACAUCUGAUGAUCCGCGAGGGCGAGCCCGAGGUGACGCUCAAGUUCCUGGCCCAGAACCCGCACCGCAAGCUGGCCAUCAAUCACUUCACAGAGGUACAGACCCAAGGACACAACAUCCGCACCUACUCGGAAUAUCUGCUCCGACGUGCCAUCGAGUAUGGCUCGACCAAGGUCGACUACGUGCGCGGGGGCGAGGGCCGGCUGAAGCGCCUGACGAUAGAAAAGGGCCUCCUGCGCGAGGCAGAGAGCGUGCAGGACCAGAUCAGAGCGCUGCUCAAGUGCCAGCCAUUCGACGACGAGCCCGAGAACGAAAUCACACUGACGGCCUUCCGGCUGCUUACCAUGGACCUGUUGGUGCUCUUCCAUGUCAUGAACGAGGGCACCAUCAACAUUCUCGAGCAUUACUUCGAACUGUCAAAGCCCGACGCCACACGCGCACUCGCAGUGUACCGCACCUUCGUCAAGCAAACCGAAGCCGUUGUCCAGUACCUCAGUCUUGCACGCGCACACGAGCAUUCGACACGGUUGGAAAUCCCAAGGAUCAAACAUGCCCCGACCAGUUUGGCGGCGUCACUAGAAGAGUACCUGGCUGACAAGGAUUUUGAAAUCAACCGGCGACAGUACAUUGCCGAAAAGGAAGCAAAGAAGAACGGGGGCAAGUCCACCAACGGCGCCACCAAGACGCAGGACUCAAAGUCGGGAGCUAGCAACAAUACCAGUCAACCUGCCGCCCCCUCCAAGCCUUCUGCAAACGCACCGUUGAUCGAUUUAUUUGAAUCACUCGAGGACAACCAGCAGACCAUGGCGACGCAACCCAUGAUGCAACAGUAUCCCCAGCAAACAGGCUUUCAGCCACAACAGACAGGUUUCCAGGUUCCACAGCAGACGGCCACCAUGGGCUUCCCUCAGCAGGCACAGCCUUUCCCAAUGCAAAACGGUCAAGGCACGAAUCCCUUCCAGAUGCAGCAACAACCACAGGCGCCCCAGCUUCAGUCUCAAUUUACUGGCGCGGGCUUUGGCGGCUACUCACCACAAACCUUCAGCCCGCCAAACACCAUGCCGUCAAUACCGCAGAAUGGCAUGCCCGAUUUCUCACAACAACCACAGUUGCAGCCGCAGAUGCAGGUCCCUACCAUUGCCGAGUCCUUGCAACCUCAACAAACCUCAACAAAUCCGUUCCGCCAAUCGAUGCUACCUGGCAGCCCGACGGGCGCAAGCUCGCUCAAUCGCGCGUCGACGAACCCCUUUGCAAAACACAACACGGGAUUUCCACAGCAGUCGCAAUCGCCUGUUAACUCUCCGCCCUUUUCCAUGCCCGCCGUCCAAGAAUCGCCGUUUGCGCAACAGCAGCAGCCACUGCAACCUCUGCAGCCUACGCCAACUGGCACAAACCCAUUCGCAAGGCAACCCUCGCCUCAAGGCGGCCUCUUACCACCAGGCGGGCUCAGUGUCAACGUAACAGGCAGCACCAAUCCUUUCCGGCAAAGUGCCUUUGUCAAUCAACAGACAGGUCAGGGCUGGCAGAACGCAGGUGGUCAAGGGACACUGGGGGGGAUCAGCUUGAACGAAAAUUGUGGAAGUUGCCGAUACCGACUGUCGGUGUGA